CCGUGGAUUAGUGAGAGCGCGCGCGCGUGAGGAAUCCACUUCAGACUCGUGAGCUGUCAUCACAAAAUCCCAAUGUCUGGAAAUGAAGAGCGCACGUUUAUUGUCAUCAAGCCUGACGGAGUGCAGAGGGGGCUCAUCGGAGACAUCAUCAAGCGUUUCGAACAGAAGGGCUUCAAGUUAGUAGCUAUGAAGUUGAUCCAGGCUGAUGAGGAUCUCCUGAGACAGCACUACUGUGACCUGAAGGAUCAGCCUUUCUUCCCUGGGCUUGUUAGGUUUAUGUCUUCUGGCCCUGUGGUUGCUAUGGUGUGGGAGGGUUUUAAUGUUAUAAAAACGGGCAGAGUAAUGCUCGGCGAGACUAAUCCCAUCGACUCCAAACCUGGGACUAUCAGAGGUGACUUUUGCAUUCAGGUUGUCCGGAACAUCAUUCACGGCAGUGAUUCUGUCGAAAGUGCCAACACCGAGAUCAACCUGUGGUUCAAACCAGAGGAGAUCUGGGACUGCACCAAAUGUCAGGACAGCUGGCUCAAUGGCUGAACACUUCAUUUUCUGCACUUUUCUCCCUCUCUGGCACUUCUGAUUUAGUCAUUCCUUUUUCAUGUUGCCCCACUGUAUCUGGUGUUUGGCUUUACAAUAAAACCAAAAAUAAUUAUAUCCCAUGAGUUUAAGGUGACAGUUUCAACGAGUUUCAAUUACAUAAAACAAAUGUUAGAGCCACUUUGACAUGAAUAGUCUGAGGAUUGAUCUCUUGAUGAUUUUAUUUAAUUAAACAUAAUACUUCAAGUAGUUCAAAUGAAAUAAUUGGAGGUCUAUUUAUACUUACUGUAUGGUAUUGAUGGCCCCACUCAGGCAAAGCAACAGAUCAUGUGUCUUUAGUUUUUGACAGCGCUAUGCCACAAAAAGCACUGCAGUAAGGAAUGAACUUGGGAAAUAAAGUACACAGUGCUCAUUUAAAAGAUACCAUAGCACCAGCAGUGCUGAUUUCAUAAAGUCCAUUAAAAUAUCAGUACACCACAUAAUACAAAACCUGUAAUUCCAGUUUGUUACUUAGAAAAAAAAAAGCAUGCAAGAACAGGAUUGUCUAGUCUUUUUGCAGUUUUUACAUAUACAGUUCUUUUGAAUAAUGUAGUUCACAUCAUACAAUUAGAGAAAGGUCUCUUCCAGUCAAGUACUGUUCAUCCUGCCAGUGUACAGUACAUGCAGAAAUAAAUUCAUCCAGUAAGAUACAUAAUGCAUACACACCAAAGAGUCAGAAGUGAGUUUAAAUGAAUGCUCCAUUGGAACACUUCUUGUCCUGUAUAUUCUACCAGAUCAUGUUUUGGUGAUGUUUUUGUGUGUUUUAACCACAUGGGCCCCAUUUUAUUAAAAUAAAGGUUAUCUUUUUGGUCA